UGAACGUUCAGUUUCUGACAUUUCUUUCUUUUAAACACGUGUGUGUAGAGAUGCGUUUCGCAUCGUGUUAUUUUAUUAUUUACUAGUGAAUAAAUAAUUCAAAAUGAGUUUAUACAACUUUAAAAAGAUAGCUGUGGUCCCCACAUCUAAGGACUUUAUCGAUAUAAUUUUGUCAAAAACACAAAGAAAGACACCAACAGUGGUCCACAAGCAUUAUAAAAUAUCACGAAUACGUGGAUUUUAUAUUAGAAAGGUCAAAUAUACACAACAGAACUUCCACGACAGAUUAUCGAGGAUUAUUCAGGAAUUUCCAAAAUUAGAUGAUGUUCAUCCAUUUUAUGCUGAUCUGAUGAAUGUGCUGUAUGACAAAGACCACUACAAGCUUGGUCUGGGCCAGCUUAACACUGCACGCCAUCUUAUUGACACUGUAGCAAAAGACUAUGUCCGUCUAUUGAAAUAUGGAGACUCUCUGUAUCGCUGCAAGCAGCUGAAGCGUGCAGCUCUCGGCCGGAUGGCUACUAUCAUGAAAAGGCAGGCCGCUAACUUACAGUAUUUGGAACAGGUGCGUCAACACUUGUCACGUCUGCCUUCCAUCGACCCGUACACGCGCACCAUCAUCAUCUGCGGGUUCCCCAACGUCGGCAAGUCCAGUUUUAUCAACAAGAUCACUCGGGCCGAUGUGGAAGUGCAGCCAUACGCGUUCACCACUAAGAGUUUGUACGUUGGCCAUACAGACUACAAGUACUUGAGGUGGCAGGUUAUCGACACUCCCGGGAUCUUGGACCACCCCCUGGAGGAGCGCAACGUGAUCGAGAUGCAAGCCGUGACUGCGCUGGCGCAUCUGCGCGCCGCUGUGCUCUACUUCAUCGACCCUUCGGAGCAGUGCGGCCACAGCAUCGAGGAGCAGAUCUCCCUAUUCGAGAGUAUAAAACCUCUGUUCACGAAUAAACCACUCAUCGUCGUUCUGAACAAAAUGGACGUGGUCAAACCCGAGGAUCUGCACCCGGCGAAAAGGGCGCUCAUCGAGCAGCUGGAAGAGAGCUGCGCCAAAGAAAACCUGGUCAACGCGGACUCGAACUCUGAGCUGACGACGGUGCCAGUGCUGCGCACGUCCACCAUCACCGGUGAGGGCGUGCAGGAGGUGAAGAUCGAGGCCUGCGAGAGGUUGCUGGGCCAUCGCGUCACGGAGAAGAUGAGGACUAAGAAGGUGGACGGCGUCCUGAACCGCCUGCACGUGGCCCUGCCCGCGCCGCGCGACUCCAAGCCGCGCCCCGCCGUCAUCCCGCCGCAGGUUGCCCUGAAGAAGCAGCAGGCGGCGGACAAGGCCUCACGCAAACGGAAGCUUGAAAGGGAGAUUGAGUUAGAAGAAGGAGAUGACUAUGUACUAGACUUGAAGAAGAACUACACGGAGAUCUCGGAGGAAGAACGCCAAGACCCGAUUCCUGAAUUCUGGGAGGGACACAACAUCGCCGAUUACAUCGAUCCGGAUAUCUUUGAUAAACUGGCAGAACUGGAGAAGGAAGAGGAGCUUCGCGAGGCAGGCGGCAUGUACGCCGUGCCCAAGAUUGAGCUGGACGAGACCAUGAAGGAGAUCAGGCAGCUCGCACAGCAGAUACGCAAUAAGAAGGCAAUCCUCAAGGACGAGUCCCGACUGGUGAAGCAGUCGACGAAGCCGGUGAUGCCGCGUACCAGCCGUGCCAAGGAGCGCACCAGGUCCACGGGGAAGCUCCGACAAGAGAUGGAGAAACUCGGCGUGGACAUGUCCGGGUCGCAGGCCGCCAACUUCACGAAGACGCGGUCGCGCUCGCGCUCGGCGUCGGCGCCGGCCGCCAAGCGCAUGCGCGCGGCCUCGCGCACGCGCACGCCGGCCCGCGACGCGCAGGGCGUCAAGGACGUGGCGAUGCGGAAGAAAGCAAAGAAUUUGGCGCACGUGGCGAUCGCGAAGAAGACAAAGAAGAUGGGCCUCAAGGGAGAGGCCGACAGGUUCAUCGGCACCAAAAUGCCGAAGCAUCUAUUCGCCGGCAAGCGCGGCGUCGGCAAGACGGACAGGAGAUAACCUAUCUGUUCCUACAAAAGUUGGACUUACAUCUAUUGUUAUUUAUCAUUAUUUUUAUGUUUGAUCCCUUGUCGUUCUAUCGGACAAUCCUUGUGACGCGAUGCGAAUUAAUUAAUUCAUUUGUAUUUGGCGCCAUCAAUAAGUGU